AUGGAAAAAGAUGCCCAUGCCAUCGACGAUAUAUCAGAACCAGACAAUACUAACUCUUUAAAUGAUGAACCAAUGUUUUCGAGUAUGAAAAGCAGCCUGGCCUCACUUGAAGCUGACUUUGUUCUUUUUAAGCAAACGACCCAAAUGAGCAUCAAUGUCCUCAAAGUUCAGCUCGACAAUAAAGACGGUGAAAUCAAUAAUCUAAAAACUGAAAUAACGCUACUCAAGACAACCAACCUAAGCCAACAACAGUCAAUAUGUGACCUGAAUUUAAAACAAUCACAAAUUGAAGAUGAACUUAAAAAAUUAAAAAACAAACACAAAUCCUUAGAGAAAAAGAAUACUGAUCUAUAA